CUCGGUCUGGCCCAAUUUAUUAGUAAUUCUCAUCUUGAUCAAAUUUCUACAAAUUUUUAUAAUGUCCGAAAAACCUAGCCUACGUAAUUGUUUGCUGAUACUCUAAUGGUUUAAAAAUAAAUGGUUGGACUUCCGUGUUUUUAUUUAAAUUAGAUGGUCUCCGUGUCGGCCAUCGCAAGCUGUGGCGGCCUAUGUAGUUUGCAUAAGCAAGCACAAAGGCGUGUUCGUGCUGCCGACAAGCAGUCGGAGUUCAGUGCGAAUUAAGUCAUUUUCCCAAUGCAAGCUUUACUUCAUGUGCUGUAGCACCAACUCUUGGCUUCCCUAUGUGCUAUACCGCCCCCUUGAACCCUCUUCACUUUACUGUAUUGAGGAACUAUUGACAGUUAUCAGAGCUUGUAGUGAAUGGUUUGUCCUUCAAGAUUUGAAAACUGGGAUAACUUCUUACAAUCAUGUGCCAAAGGAAACACACAAUGUAAAGCGAGCAGAUAUGGAGAAGAAUCAGGACGUUCAGAAGGCUAAGCUGGCGGAGCAGGCGGAACGUUACGAUGACAUGGCCGCCUGCAUGAAGACAGUGACGGAGGUUGGUGAUGAGCUGACAGACGAGGAGAGGAACCUGCUCUCUGUGGCCUACAAGAACGUGGUGGGUGCACGCCGCUCAGCCUGGAGGGUCAUCUCCAGCAUUGAGCAGAAAUCAGAGGCCAGUGACAAGAAGCAGAUGGCCAAGGAAUACCGUGAGAAGAUUGAGGGCGAGCUGCAGUCCAUCUGCAACGAUGUGCUGCAUCUCCUGGAUAAGUUCCUGAUCCGCAACACAUCUCCAGCAGAGAGCAGAGUGUUCUACCUGAAAAUGAAGGGAGACUACUAUCGUUACCUGGCAGAGGUUGCCACGGGUGAAGCAAAGACCAAUAUCAUUUCACAAUCCCGGGAAGCUUACCAGGCUGCCUUUGACAUCAGCAGGGAAGAAAUGCAGCCCACUCACCCAAUUCGCCUCGGUCUUGCACUCAACUUCUCUGUCUUUUACUAUGAAAUCCAGAACUCACCCGUACAGGCCUGCGAGCUCGCCAAGAAGGCUUUCGAUGAUGCGAUUGCUGAGCUGGACCAGCUAACUGAAGACUCGUACAAAGACAGCACUCUGAUCAUGCAGCUACUGAGAGACAAUCUCACACUGUGGACCUCGGACAAUCCUGGAGAAGCCGAAGAAACAGAAGAGGGCAAGGAAAACUAACGUGACUGCCCAUCGCUCCGGUCGGCUCUUCAGGAGCGCGGAGAGACCCACUCUCUUCUACUCUUCACCAGCCUCUGCCAUGUGUGUGUAUGGAGGUGUGUUUGUGUGUUAGUGUGUGCUUGAAGGGUAUGUACGUGUUGUGUUUUGCAGGGCAGGGCAUGGGGAAGGGGUCAAUCUGGAGAACUCAUCGGUCCUCUAGAACAAAAUAGAGGCAAGGGUGGAUUAUAGAGAAUCGGUUGUAUGUGUGCUUCAUACCUUCAUGAAAACAUUAGAGUCUGGUUGAUGCAUCUGUUUACCAACAAGCCAACAUGAAACUAUACGUGUGUGUGAGAGAGCCAGAGAGCGAGCGCAAUGGAGAGCUUGUUUAGGGGAAGUGUUUAGAAAUUGGGCCGGCAUGGGCUUUAUACUUCAACUUUGUUCUUUCUUAAGUCAAAGGAAAUACACCAAACUUCUGUGUAGGAGAGGAUGUCUCUGGCGAAGGACAGAGACGGAUGAGUUUUGCUCCCCUUUCCCCUGGUUUGUUUCUCUAUAUGGUGCCCAACACCUUUCUCCCUCCUGCCAUGGGGUACAAGGUUAAAGCACAUCUGACAUUGAGAGCCUGAGGCAUUUUGCUUAAACUGCAACUCUGAUCUUUUUCAGCAGAGCAGUACGUUUUUCAUGGGCUUGCUUAUGUAGUUACUGUUUAGGUUUUUGUUUUUUGGUCUUUUUAUACUCAGCUAGAAUGCAUGUGGCUAAUGACAGUUAACCAGGGUAAAUGGAGGUUGUUGCUACAGUUGUCUUAAUUUUCAUACGGAACACCGAGCAUAAUUGUUCAUUCUUACUGGGGUGGGA